AUGUCGAGGAACGAUGAGUGCGUACAGGUCAUCGUGCGAUGUCGCCCGCUCUUCGGCAAGGAGCUCGCGGAGGGGCGUCAGCGCAUCGUGGAGAUGGACACCUCGAGGGGCGAGGUGGUGCUGAAAAACCCGAAGGCUUCGCAUCCCUCCGAGGCUGAGCGCAAGUUCACGUUCGACCGCAUCUUCGACUGGAACUGCACGCAGCGGGAGGUGUACGAUGGUGCCGCGGCAAGGAUCGUGGACGCGGCUAUCGAGGGAUACAACGGCACGGUGUUUUGCUACGGCCAGACGGGCACGGGCAAGACGCACACGAUGGAGGGAAAAGACGAACCGCCCGAGCUGCGAGGUGUCAUCCCGAGCGCGUUCAACCACGUGUUCGACGCCAUCGACGGGAGCGAGGGCAGAAACUACCUCAUUCGCGCGUCCUUCCUGGAAAUCUACAACGAGAACGUGCGCGACCUGCUGGCGAAGGACCAGAGCAAGACCUGCGACCUGAAAGAGGACCCAGACAAGGGCGUGUACGUGAAGGACCUGACUUCGUUUGUGGUGAAGGGUGUCGGCGAGAUCAACAACGUACUGAAGGUUGGAAAGAAGAACAGGAGCGUUGGGGCGACGCUGAUGAAUGCCGACUCGUCCCGUUCGCACUCUAUCUUUACCAUUACGGUCGAAUGCUCGCAGAGACGCGCGGGGGAUCCCCCCGACGCGGAGCCGCACAUAACCGUCGGUAAGCUGAACCUGGUCGACCUCGCCGGAAGCGAGCGGCAGGCAAAGACUGGAAGCACGGGCGACCGGCUGAAGGAGGCGACAAAGAUUAACCUCUCGCUGUCGACGCUCGGUAAUGUCAUCAGCGCGCUGGUGGACGGGAAGAGCUCGCACAUCCCGUACCGAGACUCAAAGCUGACGCGGCUGCUUCAGGACUCGCUUGGUGGAAACACGAAAACGGUGAUGAUUGCGAACCUUGGCCCCGCAGACUACAACUUCGACGAGACGAUGAGCACGCUUCGGUACGCGAACCGCGCGAAGAACAUCAAGAACAAGCCGAAGAUCAACGAGGACCCGAAGGACGCGAUGUUAAGGGAGUUUCAGGAAGAGAUUGCUCGUCUCAAGGCUCAGCUCGGCGAAGGCGGUUACGACCCGAAUGCGCGUUUUGACGAUCGAUCUUUCGACGGCGAGCCCGAGUUUAUCGAGAAGACGGUUGUGGUGGAGGUGGACCCCGACGAAGAUCAGCUCGCCUCCAUCAAGGCGCAGGUGCAGGCGGAGAUGGCCGAGCGCGUCAAGUUCGCGGCGUCCGAAGCUGACCUGGAGCGCAUACAGCGCCAGGCGGAGGAGAAGGCUCAGGCUGAGAUGCAAAAGGUACUCGACGCGAGGGACCACACCGAGGAGGAGAAGGCGAGGAUCAGGCAGGCGAUGGAGGAGAACGCGAUGGAGCUCGACGCUCAGAUGUCCGUGGCGCAGUCGGAUAGGCGGAGGAAGGAGGAGAUCGAGAAGCGGCUCAAGGAGAUGGAGAGUAAAUUGCUGCACGGCGUCGACGACCUCGAGCUCCGCAACAAGAUGCUCGAGGAGGCGGCGGCGAAGGGGCAGAGGGACAUCGAGGACAGGGAGCGCGCCAAGGCUGAGCGCGAGCGCGAGAUCGAGAAACUCGAGGAGGCGAAGCUGCUCAAGGAGGAAAAGUUUGCCAGCAAGAAAGAGGAGGCGGCGGACAAGACGCGCAAGCUCAAGAAGAUGUUCGGCAAGUACCAGACGGCCAAGGAGGAUCUCGAGGAGCACGCCGCCGCCAUCGGCCGCGAGAAGGACGACAUGAUGGAUUCCAUCCGACUCCUCAGGCGUCAGAUGAAGCUCAAGGACGCAAUCAUCGAGGCCUUCAUACCCCCCGAGGUGGCGGAUAAGGUCACCGCACGAGCCGUCUGGGACGAGGACGAAGAGCAGUGGGCGCUCGAGCGUCUCGCGCCGUCGGAGAAAUCGCGCCAACCGUCCAGCCGUCCCGUCUCAGCCACGCCCGGGUGCGCACGGCCCACCGCCGAUCACGCGCGGGUCGCCGCGGCGCUCGGCGACCUCAACCCGCGGUACAAGUCGGAGAACAUCUUGAACCUCGAGCUCGACGCGCCGGAUCGCACCACGUUCGAUUGGGCGCCGGCGGCGGAGGACGAGGCGGGGGGAUCGGCGCGGGCGGUGCAGGCUGUGCUGGACAUUGCGUUUUCGGAUGGCGCGGCGCAGGUGCUGAAGAAGCCGGUGAAUGGCGGAUCGAACCGGGGGGGCGGGGUCGCGAGGGGCGGCGCGGGGGACGGGGGCGAGGGGGGUGGUCGCUCGACGACGGGAAGCGGCGCGGCGAGGGCGAACAGGCCGGCGAGCGCGCGUAGGUAUCGUUGA